GCUUCUCACGACGAUGAUGCUGAUGAUGCUGCUCGUCGACGUUAAUGGUGGCGUGUGCGUGCGUGCGCGCGCGCGCUGGGUGUCGGACGGGAGCCGAAGGAAGUUGCGUAGGGGGGAAUGGAUGUUGGAGUGAGGAGCAGGAAGGAGGCCCAUAAGCGUCUGGAUUUUUUGCGCGAUGCAACAACGUUCAGUAUAUAACCCGCUGCCACCCCCGAUCCCCGCUGUCUCCCGCCGUCCUAUCGAGCUGUGAAUGUGGCGAGAGGAGCAGGCGGGUGUGUGCCCCCCUCCACCCCACCACCCCGUACGGUACCUGCUUUGGUACCCGCGCUGGGGCACGACGUGGAAUACGCUGGAGGGGCCUGUUCAGGGAGCCAUGGGCACAACGGUAAGCCACGGUGGGGCUGCACCCACCUUUGGCAGCCUGCACACUACCAACGCGAACGGGUCGGCCAACAGCACGCCCAGCCUGCACUCCAUACCCACGCUGUAUCACCACACCAGCCGUGCCAAGUCCGUCAUCACCAACAAGGUGGCGCCUGUCUUCAUCACAUUCAACUGUCGAGAGGAAUAUCAGAUACACGAGGACGUGAUGAAGCCCGAGUACAGGAUGGGGAGAAUCAAUGACUCGCUCCCCGAGCAUUUCCUCAUCCAGGGCAAGUUCUUCCUUGUGUGCGACCUGUACCGUGGAGCGGAUGUGCUCAGCACCACGGGUCCUGUCGGAGCACCAAACUUCCGACAGACGUCCGGAGACCUGCCCGUGUACGGCAUGGGCCAGCCCAGCUUGGCCGGCUUCCAGCAAGCGCUGCGCACCCUGCAGGACAGGGGUCACCAGGAGGUCGUGUGCUUUAACCUUCGGGAGGAGCCAGUGGUGUUCCUAAGACAGGGAGAAGAUUUUGUGCCGUACACUCCGCGCGACCCCGAAAAUCUUCACGAAAACCUGCACGGGUUGGGAGCGGAGCAUAUGCAGGGUUCAGGACGCUUCUCGGAAUCUCUGGAGGUGAUCAUACGGAGAGAGCUGGUAGAUUUUGCACGCUUGAAGGACGGGACCUACUUCGUCUACGAGGACAUCGAGCGUUUCGCGGACGAACCGCACGCGCAGUCCGUGCACAGCGAGGAAGAGGUGUGCGUCUCGGAGGAGGUGUACCGCCGGCCGGCGUUCUCCCCCUCCUACCCCCCAUACAGGUAUAAGAGGCUGCCACUACCGGCCGACGGGGCGCCAGACGAAACCCAGUUCGACGCGUUUGUCGCUGUACUUCGGGAGAGCACAGCACUGAUGGACCACGCCAGGCCGCUCCCAGCGCUGCUGUGUAACUGCCAAGUUGGGGUUGGGCGAACCAACCUGGCCAUGAUAAUUGGCUCCCUGCUGCUCGCUCGCUGCAGGCACCAGCCUCCCGUCGAGAACUCAGGGAAGAGGCCGCAGAGUGUUGGAGGAGUUGGAACAUUCAAAAUAAUACAAAACUUCAUCAACAUGAUGCCAAACGGGCAGAAAAUCGUAGAAGAGGUGGAUGAAGCGAUUCUGUGUUGCUCCGAGAUGCACAACAUCAAAGACUCGAUCCAGCUGUACAAGGGCAAGCUGGAGGCCGUUCGUGAGGACUACCAGAUACAGGGCAGCAGUGCCCGAGAAUACUUCCUGAAACGUGCCGUGCAGAGCCUGGAGUGCUACUUCUACCUCCUGGCCUUCAACGCCUACCUCCACCAGCAGGUGUCCUCGAUGUUCUCGGUUCCGUUCAGCGCGUGGAUGCGCAAGAACCCCGGCCUCUACCGGCUGCUGGCCCAGACCAACGUGUCCGAAUUGAGCGCCCCGCCAGACCUCGUCACCAAGGGCUCCCGCGUGCUGGUGUCGGACGAGCACGUCUCUCUGGACGUGAUGAGCACCUCGCGCGACAUGCGAGUGGCGAAUUUCCGCCGAGUGCCCAAGCAGCCCAUCUUCGGCAUGGCGCAACCCAACUCGGAGGGUCUGUCCCACAUGCUGUCGCACCUGAUGGACACGAGGAGGAACUUCGGGCUGGUGCUGUGGGUGAGCCUGCGCGACGAGGUGGUGCUGGAGGUAAACGGGGCCAUGUGCACGCCCCGCGAGAGCACCACGCCCGACCAGCGCAUCGGCGUUCCCACCACCUCCCCUCAGCAGCUGGAGAUGCUGGAGGCUGCGAUGAGCACCGAGCUCCUCGGCUGUCAGAAGUGGCUGGAGCUGCGGCAGGACGGGGAGCGGCAGCUGAAGCCGGUGAAGACUUGUCUGGGGCAGGCGGAGGUGGCGCGCCAGCAGGCGGCGCUCUUCCCGCUGCUGCGCUACGCCCGCGUGCCGCUGGCCAGCUCCGCCUGCCUCACCGAGCAGGACCUGGAUCGGCUGAUGGGUGCGGUGCGCGGGUGCCUGGCGGAGAGCUCGAGCCCGGCGAUCGUGUUCAGCUGCCACGACGGGAAGGGCCGGACGACCACGGCCAUGGUGGUGGCCCUCCUCCUGCUGUGGCACAUCAACGGCUUUCCUGCGGAGAACGAGGACGAGAUGGUCAGCGUGCCGAACGCCAAGUACACCAAAGGAGAAUUUGAGGUGGUGCAGGCAGUGGUGCGGCUGCUGCCCCAGGGGCAGUCUCGCAAGCGCCAAGUGGACCUGGCGCUGGACUCUGUGAGCGAGACCAUGACCCCCAUGCACUACCACCUGCGCGAAGCCAUCAUCUGCACGCACCGCCAGAUGAAGGUGGGGAAGUGCGCUGAAGAGAACAACGUGUUACGCGUGCGCAGCCUGCAGUACCUGGAGAGGUACAUCUUCCUCAUCCUCUUCAACGCCUACCUGCACCUGGAGAAGCCCCAGUCCUGGGAGAGGCCCUUCAGCCAGUGGAUGGUGGAGGUGGCGGGCCGUGCGGGCGUGUACGAUGUGCUCGACCGCCUGGGCUUCCCGGAGUUCGAGGACCCCGAGCUGACGCCCCUGUGCAGACUGCGUCACCGCUGGCUGCAGCCGCCGCCCUCGUCGCUGCCGUUCCGCGGGGAGCUGCUCUGACGGCGGAGACGCCAGAAUCCCCCCGCGGAGCCGCUACGUCCGGCCUCGUGCUCGCUCGGCACGCGCGUGCAUGGCAGUCGUUCGUGCGGACGCGCCCGCCCGCCCGCCCGCCCCCCCCCCCCCCCCUCGUUCUCCAUUCACUGUCGUACGCGCCACUUCACGGGGAUCGGUAACGCCGCGUUGUAUUUUUGUUUCUUGUUACGUAAGGGCAGCACGAGCCGACCCCAUGCAACAAUGGGAUUUCUGGCUUCGAGGAACGAGGUGCAGUCAUCGUGGCAUUAAAGCCAAUUCGACGUUUAUGGAUUUGAGGGUGGGACCUAUGACUGGAUCGCCCAGAAUGCACCGCAUCCCAACAGAUCUCGGAAGCCAGGUAGCAAUUCGAGCCUGGAUCGUGCUUGCACCUCCGAUUAGCGUGGUUGAGCUACUCACGGUGCAAAAUAAGUUAAUCGCACGUACGUACGCACGAACGGGCAACCGCCGAGUGUGAACAGCAGCUCGCCGGGCUCCGGGCUGCGUCUUGGCCAGCAGAGGGCAGUGCAGUGGAAUCCAGUGUUGCAUUUCUAUGCUCCACCGGGCCUCCCCAACCAACACCAGGCAGCGUGGUGAAGUUUGGCCCAAAUAACCUUCACGACCCGCACGGCCGUGGAGAGCCCCUCAUCCAGCAGUGGAUGGACAAACCCGCUGUACGUGUGUGCAUUGGCUUGAGAUUUUUUUUUUUUUUUGCAACACAAGGAAGGGUAGUUACUUUUACAUCUUUUUUUUGUGAACGUGAAGUGUAUAGUGACAGUGAACGGAGGUCGCACUGAGUGAAAUGUGGGUCUGUGUUUAGUGGGUUCGCAUUGUUUCGUCUUGCAGGGCCACGCUGCCACGGGGCUGUUCUUCUCUCUUAAUCGGUGACAAUCUUCCAAAAAUGCACAAAUUGGGAAAGAGGAAAGAUGUAGGGCGCUCGUUCCACUUUUUCUUUCCCCACCACUCGCGGUCUCCCGCGUACCGUGCUGUUACUCCAUAAUGUAUUGCGUGCUGUUAAGUGCGUGGCUGCGUGCUGUUAAAGUCUCCGGUAACUGCGCACCAUUUAUCCCUCGGUGAUUUGUGCAGCAUUUAAGCGAAUCCCGCUGCCCUGCUUUUGAGAUCACCCGUCGUAUGAUAUGUAGCGAGGUGAGUGAGUGCUAUUCACAGCGGAUUGCAGACUCUGUUUGCGACACGCACGCGCCAUCAUAGAGAACGGGUGGGUUGUGUUCACCGUGUUGACAGCCUAUCGCUCGAAGGUCGGCAUGCUCAUAGGCAGAAACAAACGUUCCCCGUCCAUUAAGAACGAGGCAGACCUUUGCUGCGACACACUUCCACGUGAAAUGCUGUCCUACCACACGACACUAAUAUUAUCAUUGGUUUGUAAAACACGCACCUAGUUUACUCUGAGCACAUGCCCAGGAGUGAUGAGCGGUUGGGGGGGGGGUAUAGGUAAGGCACACCGUGGCACUAGUGUGUGACCAGACUCGAUACGGUCUCGGGACGUGACGCAUUUGCUUCUGGAAGUGUGUUGUUGGACUCCCAUGCAGCAGUGACACAAAAGCAGGGAGAUAUCGAUUGCGUGACUGGUGGACUGCGAGGAGUAUGAUGAUGCGACCUUGAGUCGGCUAUCAUGAGUCUGCUUCUAAUUCUCACUCAUGAAGCCAGGAUUUCAUUUCUUCGUGGUUUAUUGGAAACACCCCUUGCAUUAGCUACAGGACAGACAGCACCAUGCACGCUUUGCGAGUGUAUGCAGGAUGCUAACGUAGGCCUUGUAACAAAUAUGGAGUAGUCGUGUGUGGUUACGUGAGAAUUUUCAGCUCAGACCUGCAAAGUAGAUUGUUGUAUUCGCCUAAUCGUAGAUGUCGGCAUAUUAAGAGUGGCCGUUGUAUUAAAUAUCCUCAUGUUGAAAUUCGGGAGGAAUUUGUCUUUAAGUGUAGCGUCUUGUCCCGAGCAGUCGUCUCUGGCAGAGCACAGCCACGUGAUGACGCAUCGCUCUCGAUGACCACUUCAAACAUUGUGACGGAAUCGCUGCACCUCGCCUGGAAAAAUGCCACGACCUUGCCCAUUCAUGGGGAUAAUUAACCCGUGGCAUUACGGGUGCCUGUGUCACAGACUGCUGAGAUUUUGGGUUUAAGUCCUGUGCACUCGCUCGAGAUAAAACUAGAGAAAGUUUAAUGCUCUGAAAUGAAAUAGCCAGUGGACUGCAUGCAAAUAUGGUAAAAGCAUAAGCGUUUGUAUUUUGCACUUGCAUUGGUUCAGCUCAGCUUUUAGGAUUCAUCAUAUAUCCCAGGUAAAGAGAGCACAGUUCUCGUGAUUGUAUCACAUGAAUCAUAGAAGCUUGAUAAAUCAAGAUUUUGCCUGUGACGUCACGCAAGUGUUGUUCUGUUGGGGCGUUCUAAACAGGGAUUAAAUUCUCUCGGAAUAUUUCCAGGUUCUCAAGCCACUCCACCCCUCCCUUUCCCAACCCCAUCCCCGCAGCCCCCCCAUCCCCCCAUCCCUUAGACCCUGGAAAUAUUUUCUGGAGCUCUGCCCCGGUUGAAAUUAAGCCCCGAUUCCAAAAGUAAAAAAAACUAAUUUCCAUGUGCUUAGAUGCCUACAGCACACGCUUAAUAUAAUUGGGCAAAAUGUAAAUAUACAAAUGAAAUGUGCAGCCAUUGGGGAGCUGAGGAGGAGAUCCUGGGGUGCCCUUGCCAAGCCCUUGAUGUGCGGUUCCUCUCUUAUCGGAACGAUCAGCGUAGAGUCUGGGAUUGGCUGGGAGGAUGUCGGAGGCGCUCGCUAAUUCCCCGAGUGGCGAGGGUUAAUUACCGUGGCCUUGGUUUGUCUCCCGGAAGUCCCAGCAAGGCGGGGUGCAUCCAUUUGAAAAUAAAUCACAAAAUGGUCAGAUCGUUGGGUAUAAUUCUGUAAAAAAAAAUUGUGAUUCUGGAGGUAGGGCUGGACUUAAUAGGUCAUGGGUGGCAUUUCGUCUGCUUCUGUACGAGCCCUGUUGCUUUGUACGCCCUGACCUCUGGCUCCACUUGGCCUCUUUUUCCCUCUGCUCUGAAAAUGACCUCGUUUUUUGUUCUUACAAGUAUAAUGCACACCGUGAAAAUGUAAAAUGUUUACAAUUUUUUGUGGGUGACAAAGAUGUUUUUUUUUGUCUGCUGUUAACUCAACUUUUGAGCUCAUCUUUUGUGACUUGCAUCUUUCCAGAAUGUUGUGAACACCAAUGGUGGUAUAUAAACAGUUCCCUAUUCCUUAUGAGACUUGCAAAUGUUUAACGUUGUUUACGUGUGUUGAGACAGGAAUUGUAAUUUGCAUGUCGACUUGAAUUUGUUUUCCCCACGAGGCAUUUUUUUAAAAGUCCUUUACUGUCCCUAAAGUAGAAAAUAAACAGUUUUUGUAUUUUAUGUUAAUGGAAGCAUCCACUUAAGCAUAUUAAACUGUGACCACACAA